AUGUCUACAACCACUACCCAGACCAUCCAAGGCGAGGUCCAGUCUAUCCCGCUCGCGUACUUGCAGCCUGCCAAGGACAGUGAGGCCCCAGCCCAGCCGUCCUCGCCCGCACCAGACGCCGUGUCCGUCGAGCAGGUCGCAACACCCGUGGCCAAGCUCUUGGUCGCUGGCUUCAGCUUCUUCUGUGCCGGUGCCAACGAUGGCACUCUCGGCCCUUUAAUCCCAUACAUCAUCGCCAGCUUCCGCAUCGGUACUGGAGAGGUCGCCAUCAUUUAUGCCACGACUUUUGCCGGAUGGCUCCUCGCUGGCAUCACGAACCCAGUCCUCACCGCUCACCUGACUCUCGGCCAGCUGCUUGCCAUCGGUGCUGCUCUCCAGCUUGCCGCGCAAUGCUUGCGCCCUGACGGCUCACUUGCCCUCUUCUGCGUCAGUUUUUUCCUCCAGACGCUCGGCAUGGCUUAUCAGGACUCGCACUCCAAUACCUUUGUCAGCGGGCUCAAGAAUGUGCCCCAUCGCUGGCUCAGCUUCAUCCAUGCUUGCUACGCCGGCGGCUGUCUCGUCGGACCUCUGAUCGCCACAGCAAUUGCCAAUGCGCCGAACUCGAUGGCCAUUCCCGGCUGGAGAAGAGUCUAUCUCGUCAUGAUUGGCUUUAGCUUCGUCAAUGUUGUAGGCGUGUUUGUUGCCUUCCACGACACCCUGUGGACUCGGCUCAAUGGACCGAGCAACAACGAGGGUAGCCCCGAACAGCAAUUCGAUGGUGCUCCCGAGCCGGGACUACGUCCGCAUCGCAACAGGGCCGCAUUCCAAGAGCUCGGCUCAAUCAUGAAGAGCAGAUGCCUGUGGACCAUCAGCAUGUUCUACUUCUUCUACCUCGGCGCCGCCUUUACCGCCAGUGGCUGGGUCGUCGAGUUUCUCACGACUGUGCGUGGUGGCGAUCUUGCCAACAUGGGUUACAUCCCAACCGGCUUCUACGCCGGCACCUUUGCUGGCCGGAUCCUGCUGUCAGAACCGACGUUUCGCUGGGGCGAGCGGAGGAUGAUACUCAUAUAUAGCAUUCUCUGUGUCGGGCUGCAGCUUGUCUUCUGGUUGCAACCCAACAUCAUCGGCAGUGCUGUAGCCCUCAGUUUGAUAGGCUUCUUCUUUGGACCGUUCUUUCCCACUGGCAUGUCGCUUGCUUCGAAGCUCUUUUCCAAGAAGUCACAGCCAGCCGCUCUUGGCUUCAUCUUUGUCAUCGCACAAGCCGGUGCAGCCAUCUUUCCGUCCAUCACCGGCAUCAUCGCAACACGCGUGGGCGUAGCGGUCCUCCAGCCGAUUGUAUUGGCGCUGGUAGUGCUGUCGGGAGUCUGUUGGUGGUUUGUCCCUAGGGUUGCGGGCCGCAAAGAGUGA